UGUCGAUAGUACGUCUAUCGAAAAAUGUGGUAUGUAGUUGAAUCAUGUUAUCAUAAUUAAAUUUAACAAUACGAUUGUACUUUGGUUUGCUUUUUAAAAGAAUAAAAUGAACGAUACUUAACGUAGAAAAAAAGAACAAUGACCAGCGACGUGCAAUCUCGUCAAACUAAGUCCAACUUGCCAUUGGACCAAGAUAAUGCGGCCAAUUGCAAAGUAUGCGAUGCUCCGUUUAAGACACUGCAAGAGUGUUUGGCACACGAGUUACUCAAGCACACAAUCAAGCCACAGAAAAAGCUGCGCAAAUGCCUUGAUGCUGUCACCAAACUCUUUGCCAGCGAACAAACCCAAUCUGAACGACGCCUGCUGGAGGCAUUGCUCGUCCAGUCACCACCUGGGCAGCAACUGCGUGCUGUAUUGGGAUUCUAUGCUGGCAAUAGUGCUGCAUUGGCGGAAUGCUUUCAGGAAGUGCGCAAGAACAUACAGAAUGAGCUGCAGGGCAAAGUUAAGGUCUAUCCAUUUGGCUCGCUUGUCACUGGUUUGGCUUUGAAGGAUAGUGAUAUUGAUUUGUAUUUGGAAUCCAUUCACGACAACUCGAAUGCGAUGUCGCAUAGUCAAUUGUACAAGAGAACCAACAGCUUUUUGCGUCGCCCGGGUUGCUUUUCAGAUGUGAUUGCCAUACGACAUGCUCGAGUUCCAAUCAUUCGCUGCAAGCAUGUGGCGAGCGGCUUGCGUCUCGACAUCAGCAUGUCCAAUCCGAAUAGCACCCAUAACUCUCGCUUUGUGGCCGAACUGUUGAAUCGAGAUGUACGCCUACGUGAGAUGUUCUUGUUCCUAAAGAUUUGGGCCAAGAAACUGAUGAUUAUUGGCAAUGUCAUGACAAGCUAUUGUCUGAUUACGCUCAUCAUUUAUCAGCUGCAACAGCAACGACACUUGCCCUCGAUUAAGGACCUGCAGUCUGGCAUUCCUGUAUUGGAUAUUGGAGGGAUUAACUUUGCGUAUAGCUUUGAGCAUGUGCCAGCUUUGCCGGCUAGUUUGACUGCCUUUGAUCUGGUCAGCGGAUUCUUUGAGCUCUACAGUCACAUGGACUUUGAAAAGAAGAUGCUGUCGCCGUAUUUGGGUCAUGCCUUGGAUGUGGAAGCAGCGUUCACGGUGCCCGGCAACUUUCCCGAAUACAAUGCCCAACUGCUAGCCAUCGAGACGGCCAUGCAAGAGCGCAUCGAACCGUUUAAUAUUGAACGUUGCGUUUGCGUGCAGGAUCCAUUUGAGCUAUCGCGUAAUGUGGGUCAAUCCAUAUCACAAACGAAUCUAUACUAUCUCAAUCAGUGUUUGGCAGCGGCAAACGAGGCCUGCAACGAUGCCAAAUUAAAGUCAACUCCGCCCAAAUUUUAUGACUACUUGCUGUUUGGGCUUGCCGAGCAUCUGGUGGAGGAACAUCGCUUGGAACACGUGCACCCAGCUAAGCAACGCAAAAAGAUGCCAAAGAAAGAAGAUGCUGUUGCAGUUGAAGCUAAGGCUGAUGUUGCCUCUACAACUGUAGCUGCCAAAGCGGAUGAACCAUCCGUCAUCCAUCCAUCAUCCAAGGAUGACAGAAAGCCAACAGUUACGGACAAUAGUUGCAUGCCAUUGAUGCAUGUUUAUACACUCACACCCACCAAUAAUGAUCUGAAGACUUUGAAAGCCGAUUUCUUGAGCAAAGCUCGCAAUCCUUCAUCCAAGGAUGACAGAAAGCCAACAAUUACGGACAAUAGUUGCAUGCCAUUGAUGCAUGUUUAUACACUCACACCCACCAAUAAUGAUCUGAAGACUUUGAAAGCCGAUUUCUUGAGCAAAGCUCGCAAGCAAACGAAAUCAAUUUAUUAUUUUUGGGCUGAAUGCUAUGUGGACGCUAUUAAGGAUAUUUUAUCGCAUAUUUAUGCCUUAAGUAUGAAAGAGUUGGAUGCGAAUGUACCUGCCACAGACACAAAUGCCCUGCCACAAAACAUUAGCUGGCAGAUAAGCACAACAUUGGAUACUUGGAGUGCGCGGAACUUUCAACGCAGUACACGGCAAUCUUUCUUUGCCCAGCAGCUGCAGCAAACAGUUGAGUUUAGCAAAACACGACCUCAGAAUCCUAGCUAUGUUGUCAAUAUGCGUGGUCACCUCUCGCUGAUCAUCGCUGAGGACUACAAAGAGCUCCGCCUCGAAUUGCAGCCGAUGCCCGGUGAUGCUUUGGGUCUUCAACGACUCAGUCCGUUGACAAAGUUCUUUAAGUCACUGAAGAAUAUGCUUUGCAACUAUAACUUUAAAGAGAAGGUCAUCAGUUUUCAAUAUGAGCGUUGAAUUUGUCUUCUGAAUAUAUUUUAAGAGAUCUUGGAAAUUUACAAUUAUUGGCUGCCAAUCAAUAAUGUAAUCUACUAUAUAUAUAUACGUAUGUAUAAAGACAUUUAAAAUUUUAGGUUACCUGACUUACUAUAUUCACAAUAAAUUUAAAUGU